GGGCAGUAGUAACCCAUUCAUGGGGCCGGCGCGCGGAUGCAGCCCGGCUCAGCGGCUCUCGCAGCCACCGCCUCCUCUCGGCUCCGGGUCUUCCCCUUCCUUUUAAAACUGAUCCUGUUGGGGAUUUUUUUUUUUUUUUUUCUAAAUUGGAACCGUGGGGAGGAGCAGGGAGGGAGGACCUGGAGGAAGCAGAGAGAUUAGGCAGCUAUCAAUCUCCUCCUGUUUCUCCCAGAACAGGUGAUGCUUCUAAAUUGUGACCACUUUGUGGAGGCAGCUCUGCAGUUGGAAGGAUGCGAGCGACCUAGGGUGGAGGGCCUGAAGCGGCAGAUCUGAACUUGCAGAGGAUAAAAACCCAAACUUUUGACUACAUCAUUCCGCACCUCGCGCGUGAAGCAAAGGACUUUUUUUUUUUUUUUUUCAAGACAGACCCAAACUUCGGCACUUGAUCCCCCUUUCUUGGAUUGCGUUGGAGGAGACGGUUUGCUUGCAGCGUUGAGAACGGUCAGGACUGUGUUUUUAUAAACUCAUUUUUAAAGCGACAGUAAAGGAUCAGACUUUUUAAAUGUUUGGGAUUCAAGAUACUUUAGGAAGAGGACCAGCUCUGAAAGAGAAAUCGCUGGGCGCGGAGAUGGAUUCGGUCAGGUCUUGGGUCCGGAAUGUCGGUGUGGUGGACGCCAAUGUCGCGGCUCAGAGUGGGGUCGCCCUGUCCCGUGCCCACUUUGAGAAGCAGCCUCCCUCUAACUUGAGGAAAUCCAACUUCUUUCAUUUCGUCCUGGCGCUCUACGACAGGCAGGGGCAGCCGGUGGAGAUAGAGCGUACGGCUUUCGUGGACUUUGUGGAGAACGACAAAGAACAAGGCAAUGAGAAGACCAACAAUGGCACCCACUACAAGUUACAGCUCCUGUACAGCAAUGGUGUCCGCACGGAGCAGGACCUCUAUGUCAGGCUCAUCGACUCAGUGACCAAGCAGCCUAUAGCUUACGAGGGACAGAAUAAGAAUCCGGAGAUGUGCCGAGUUCUUCUGACACACGAGGUGAUGUGCAGUCGAUGUUGUGAAAAGAAAAGCUGUGGAAACCGAAACGAGACUCCUUCAGACCCUGUCAUCAUCGACAGAUUCUUUUUAAAAUUUUUCCUCAAGUGCAAUCAGAAUUGUUUGAAAACAGCAGGAAACCCAAGGGACAUGAGACGGUUUCAGGUGGUGCUGUCGACCACGGUGAACGUGGACGGACACGUGCUGGCCGUUUCCGACAACAUGUUCGUGCACAACAACUCCAAGCACGGACGGAGGGCCAGGAGGCUUGACCCAUCCGAAGCGACCCCCUGCAUCAAAGCCAUCAGCCCAAGUGAAGGCUGGACCACAGGAGGGGCCAUGGUCAUCAUCAUUGGCGACAACUUCUUCGAUGGUCUCCAAGUGGUGUUCGGCACCAUGCUUGUGUGGAGCGAGCUCAUAACCCCUCAUGCCAUCCGAGUGCAGACUCCUCCCCGGCACAUCCCCGGAGUAGUGGAAGUGACAUUAUCUUAUAAAUCCAAACAGUUCUGCAAAGGAGCCCCGGGAAGGUUCAUUUACACAGCACUAAAUGAACCCACCAUAGACUAUGGCUUCCAGAGGCUGCAGAAAGUCAUCCCCAGGCAUCCUGGAGAUCCUGAGAGAUUAGCUAAGGAAAUGCUGUUGAAAAGAGCUGCAGAUCUAGUGGAGGCCCUCUACGGCACGCCCCACAAUAACCAGGACAUCAUUCUGAAGCGAGCUGCAGACAUUGCCGAAGCUCUCUACAGUGUCCCCCGGAAUCCCAGCCAGAUCCCAGCUCUCUCCAGCUCCCCAGCUCACAGCGGCAUGAUGGGAAUCAAUUCUUAUGGCAGCCAGCUUGGGGUCAGCAUCUCAGAGUCCACACAAGGGAAUAACCAAGGAUACAUCCGCAACACAAGCAGCAUCUCCCCGAGGGGAUACUCCUCCAGCUCCACGCCUCAGCAGUCCAACUACAGUACCUCCAGUAACAGUAUGAAUGGCUACAGCAACGUCCCCAUGGCCAACCUGGGCGUCCCGGGAUCUCCAGGAUUUCUGAAUGGCUCACCCACAGGCUCCCCGUAUGGAAUCAUGUCAUCGAGUCCCACCGUGGGAUCCUCCAGCACGUCCUCCAUCCUACCAUUUUCCUCUUCAGUUUUUCCUGCUGUCAAACAGAAGAGUGCCUUUGCCCCUGUCAUCAGGCCCCAAGGCUCCCCUUCGCCCGCCUGCUCCAGUGGCAAUGGAAAUGGAUUCAGAGCCAUGACGGGACUUGUCGUGCCCCCCAUGUAAAGAGGAGGAAGAACUGCUUUCUCAUAGCACAAAACUACUUACUCUGAUGGACCAAUAAUGAGGAAAGCACUCUGAGCUCUUUGGGGAGCGUUGUGCCCCCAGUGGACGUGAUGGACAGAUUUGGGAAUGCAAGGAGCCACCAUCUUACCUGGUCUCCCGUGUCUCCUGUAGCUCUGAUGGUAGCUACACAAACUGACCCUCUUAGGGACAAGGACAAAAGAUGUCAUUGACGUAGUCAGUGCUAAGAGCAGAAAUGCAAUUCUUUGUUAUGAACAUUAUGAAAACCACCUUCCUAUGUUUGUAAAAUAUUUAAGAAAAAAAAUUGGCAAAACAAUUCAUGCUUAAUAUUUUGGAUACUAUUUGUUUUUCUUUGUAGGAAAAAAAAAUGUUGAAAGUUUCUAUUUUCUAUGAAGCCUUUCAGAUACCAAUUUAGUUUAUGCAGAAAAAAAAAUUGAACAAAACAGGGUACCAGCAUGGAAGACUUUCUUAAAAUGAAACCUGAAUUGAAUGAUGAAAUGUAUGUGUGUUUGCUUAUAGUUUAAUCUCUUU